UCAAAAUAAAAUAAUAAUAAAUAUAAAUAUUAGUACAUAUAGUGGUUUUUGAUUCCCAUACACACAUAUAAUAUAGGACAGUGAUACAUUUACCAUGUACCACAGCCCUCUUGCUUUCUCUACUCUCCUUUCUCCCUCUCUCUACUCUCCUUUCCCCCUCUUUGCUUUUUUGAGUUCUCCAUCUGCAAACUUCCAAUUAAAGAGUGCUGCAGAGUCAUCUUCUUCAUCAAAUUGUGAUGGAGGUGCUCCUAGUUCUUCCUCGUUGUGGCAUUUCUUUGUCAACGGUAAUCCUCACAAUGCAGAGUUCCCAAUGUAAGAAUCAUUUGAGAUAGUGUUGAGCUGCUUCCCUUGAGCGACCCACGAAAAAUGGAAAGCAUCAUGGCAGCGGUGGACCAUUUGAGAAAAUAGGGGAAUGAUCGAAGAUGUCCACGAAUCGAUUGGAACUACCAAGAUAGGAAAGGAGAAAGAGAAAGAAAGGGUUGGGUGUGUUUGGGCGUUAACGACAAAGUAACGGAGAUGGGUGUGUGUAAUGGAGGGUGUAACGGAGGAGGGUAAACGUAGCUUUAUCCUAUAAUAUAUUAUCAUAUUUCCUUAAUUGAGUUUAAAUAAAAGUUUUUAAGAUUA